AUGCAUAUCCAUUUGUGCGGUUUGGCAAUUCAAACAUCGUGUUACAAUGGCUUUUCCAUUGUUGGCACUAGGAAACCUGAUAGUCAGAUCGAUUGGCUCGGUGGCUUUCAUCACGAGGCAGAUGGUACUGCCGCCAAAAGGCAAACGGGUCAUCGCCGCUCAACACGGGAUGCGCAGGGCCCUUUGGUCGGUCUCAGAGGGGUAAAUAAGAAUUUUGGGAGAAGGUCGGUUGGGUUUGUUGAGAUUCUUCUUGGUAUACUUGUUGUAGGAGUUACAUCGUUUGGUCCAUUCGCUUCACCAUUGCUGGACCUAUAUACUUGCUUCUUUCUCGAGAACGAUACCGCUCUGCAUAUUUGCCUUGUUUUCUCAUUAGAAACCAACCCACCCAGUUACCUGAGGCUCAAACGCCAAUUUGUUGCCGGCUGUACCGACAAUCGUUUCUUCUUUCUCUUGGCUCAAUCCGAAAUGCCCCCGACGAGUACGCAGGACACAAUGAUGCCCGAGGCGAAAGGACUGAAGUACGACGAAUCUGAAAUGGCUCUUUUCCGCGCAAAACUAUCAUAUCAUGCUACCAUUGAUGAUAGAUUGGCCUCGCACAACACAAAUUUGUUAUCGAUUGCGGAAGCCCAGGCUCGAAUCCUUAAAGGAUGGGAGAUACAGAUGCAAAAGGCUAGGGAUAUGUCAAGCAAGGAUGGAGGUUGCUCUGCAAGCGAUAUGAGAGCAAUUGCACAGUUUGAAUGGAGAUACAAGGCUUUGGAGAAUGCCGCGACAAAGGAUAUGGAAAAGAGAUGA